GGGAAGCGAAUAGACGAGGUGUACGAGAUAUAACCACCGAAAAUCGUCGAACAGCUCAAAAAGAAAAUCGUUAAUACACAGAAGAGCAGUCUUAACUAAAAGGUUUUGUUUUACUAAACAAAACGUGGAAUUCCAAAAGCCUCUGUGACCUGCUGCGGUUAUCUUGCUGAUUGUUCCACAUCUUUAAGGAAUGCCAAGGGAACUAACCCAAAACAGGAUCCAAAAAAUCUGGAUUCCCUCUAAGGAUGACAAGCCUUCAAUGCCCCGCGCACCACGUGGAGGCCCUCAUUUGGCAAACCCUCCAACAGUGAUUGUGAUGGUCGGACUUCCUGCUCGGGGCAAGACUUAUAUGUCCAGAAAACUCACUCGCUACCUCAACUGGAUUGGAAUCCCCACUAAAGUCUUUAAUGUUGGCGAGUAUCGUCGUGAAGCAGUGAAACACUACAGCUCCUAUGAUUUCUUCAAAUCAGACAAUGAGGAUGCUGUAAAAAUCAGACAGCAGUGUGCCCUGGCCGCUCUUAGAGAUGUCAAGAAUUACCUCACUGAAGAGGACGGUCAAGUGGCUGUUUUUGAUGCAACAAACACAACCAGAGAUCGACGAGAUAUGAUCUUGGAGUUUGGUGCAGAAAAUGGCUUCAAGAUUUUCUUUAUUGAGUCCGUGUGUGAGGACCCAAACGUUAUCGCCUGUAAUAUCCUGGAAGUUAAGGUGUCAUGUCCAGACUACCAAGAUUGCAACAAGACAGAUGCCAUGGAGGACUUCAAGAAAAGAAUUGAAUGUUACAGAAUGAACUAUCAGCCUCUUGACCCUGACCAGUAUGACAGAAGCUUGUCCUUCAUCAAAGUGAUUGAUGUCGGUCGCAGAUUCCUGGUCAACCGCAUUCAAGACCACAUCCAGAGUCGCAUCGUGUACUAUUUGAUGAAUAUCCACGUGCAGCCGCGCUCCAUUUAUUUAUGCCGCCAUGGCGAAAGCCAGCACAACCUCCAGGGUAGACUGGGAGGAGAUUCUGGUCUGUCUACACGAGGACGAAAGUUCGCAGGUGCUCUUGCUAAGUUUGUGGAGGAGCAGAAUUUGAAGGAUUUGAAGGUUUGGACCAGCCAGCUGAAGCGUAGUAUCCAAACAGCAGAGGCUCUCAAUGUGCCGUACGAACAGUGGAAAGCCCUCAAUGAGAUUGAUGCCGGUGUGUGUGAGGAGAUGACCUAUGAAGAAGUCAGGGAGAGGUUUCCCGAGGAGUUUUCUCUUAGAGAUCAGGACAAAUACUACUACCGCUACCCUUCCGGAGAGUCAUAUCAGGAUUUGGUUCAGCGUGUGGAGCCGGUGAUUAUGGAAAUGGAGCGACAGGAGAAUGUUCUGGUCAUCUGUCACCAGGCGGUGAUUCGAUGCCUACUCGCCUAUUUCCUUGACAAAAGUGCAGAUGAGAUGCCAUAUCUGAAGUGUCCUCUCCACACCGUACUCAAGCUGACCCCAGUGGCUUACGGAUGCAAAGUGGAAUCUAUCUCUCUGAAUGUGGAGGCAGUGAACACACACAGAGAAAGACCAGAGGAGGUGAAGCGAGGCCCAAGCACUCUGAUCAGGAGAAACAGCGUGACUCCUCUCACCAGCCAUGAACCUUUUAAGAAGCCUCGUAUCGAUGGUCUGGAUGAGCCAAUCAUCAGAGAAGUGAUGCCGGCUCAACUUGCUCUCUGCUCAGCCUCACACACCACACUGGCUCUGUCCACACAGAACUGGCUUAGCGAAGCUUGUCUACGCUCUUUUUUACAUUACCUACAAGUGGUGUCAGUCCUGCUCUUUCAGAGAACCUGAAGAAAUGCUGUAUAGAGUGCCAUGAAGCCCCUCAGCUUUGCCUGUGAGAUUAUUCGGCUGUAAAGCUUUACUCGACGUGGAAGAGUUUCCUGUCAAGCUGCUUCCUCUCCUUUUCCCACAUAAAAAAAGAAAUGGACCCUUGGGUUUUUCCUAUUUGUAAGGAAUGCACAUACUAUGUGGUUUGUACUAGUAAGGAGUUUUUGGAUAUAAAGUGUAUCCAGAGCACAGUGACAGGGAUUACCAAUUUAUAACCCCCCACCUCCCCUGACAUUUUUGGACACUAUUCCCUGUUUAUAUAACAGGAUACCACUUGUUAAUAUUUGAAUUCUGGUCUCAUCCAGAUGUGUAACACUGAUGGUAAGAAUAAGCCCUGUGAUUUCGAGAAGACGACGCUAAAAAACAGACCAAAGAUCACCCACGGAUGUUAGUGGGCUGAUUUGUGUCCAUUCUGCACUCGCUAUCAUAUGCUGCAAACUAAAUUGCACAUUCUAAUUGCACAUUUAGAUCAUUUGCAUUUGUUUGUCUUCAUUUUUUUUGAAGGGCAAUAACGAAUAUUACAAAUUUCGUUCUUUUUAAUGCUGCUGGCUGUUUUCAAGGCUGUUUAAAAGUUCUCAUGUCGUCUGCUGCAGUUUCACGUGAUUUGUGUUAUGAUAUGGAUUGUGAGUGUGUGUUUUUAUGUGUGUAAUUUGUGUGCUUCGGAGACCUGAUGACAAGGUCAAUGCGUAAGGUUAUGAAAACAGGGUGUUUUAUCGAGUGUUUGGAUGGGACGAAGUGAAACAGUGUUUAUAUUUGUUGUUUAUAUCUAAUGUGUUUUAUGGCGUGAUAAAUAUCAGAUACAAUUUUUUUAUACUGUUCAUUUAUUAAUUCCCUAGAGUGCCUAGUGCUUGAGCUAUCAGGCCAGAGCUGCUUUUUGUAUUGUAAUGAGAAUUCUAUACAGUAUAUAUAUAAAAUUUAUAUAUAUAUAUAAAAAAUGUAACAUUUGAAGUAGCUUUAGCUUUAUCAUUUCAAUUUCUUGUCACAGCCACAAGAAUUUAAACUAGCAUUUGAUAUAAUAUGUAUGUACAGAUUUAUCCUCUUAACCAAAUGUUUACAAUUUAAAUAUAUAGUAGAUUUUUGUAGAAAGGGAGUGAAAUUUGAAGAACCGGCUUUAACUGUAAAUGGAUGUUUCUGAGAAGAAGUCUAGUUGUUGCUUUGUAAUAUAAAACAAUUAAGUUCAUCACACGACUAGGUGCAAUCUUGUAUAUUGGCUCUUAACUGUAAUUCAUGUUUGCUUCUGAUACUUGAACCUUAUUUUGUAAUAUCUUUCCUUUUUUUGUUAAAAUAAUAUUUAUUUAUUUGUACUAGUCUGUGUUUCAUGCACUUUGUUCAUAACUGAGAUUCUAGAGCAUAUCAGCAAAUACAAUUGUUUCUUUCUGAAGAAAGUGAAUUAUCUAUAUGCGAUUACCGAAUCAAUAAAGAGUCUAAAA